UUUAUUUAUUUUUUUUUUAAUUCUCAUUUUGUUGCUUGCUCGGGCCGAGUAGAACUGUUGAAGUCCGUGCCAUUUGCUUAUUAUUUCACUCUUCGUAGACUUGGAGUUCCAAAUUAAUUUCAGACUACAAAGUUCCCGUAGCAGCGAAAAUGGAGUCGUGUCCGUCCAUAAAGAAUAUCCUGCUCCUGGAUUCUGAUGGGAAACGUGUAGCUGUUAAGUAUUACUCGGGUGAUUGGCCAACCAAUGCCGCAAAGGAAGCUUUUGAGAAAGCUGUAUUUACUAAGACCCAAAAGACCAAUGCUCGGACUGAAGUGGAGAUAACUAUGUUGGAAAACAACAUUAUUGUUUACAAGUUUGUUCAAGACCUUCACUUUUUUGUAACGGGGGGUGAAGAUGAAAAUGAGCUGAUCUUAGCCACGGUUCUUCAGGGAUUUUUUGAUGCAGUUGGCCUUCUCCUAAGAGGGAAUGUGGACAGGAAGGAGGCUCUUGAGAACUUAGAUCUCAUUUUGUUGUGCCUUGAUGAAAUUGUUGAUGGCGGUAUCAUUCUUGAAACGGAUGCAAAUGUUAUUGCGGGGAAGGUUGCAAGUCAUAGUAUGGAUGCUGGAGCUCCUUUAUCUGAGCAGACUAUAAGCCAAGCAUUGGCCACUGCUCGUGAACAUAUAACAAGAUCCCUUCUUAAAUGAGAGAGCAGACUUUUAUUAUUAUUACUUUUUGUAAUUUUUAAGCGUUUAUAUACUUAAUGUACUGGGUUUAUAGGGCGUCAGAUUUGUCUUAGUGUUGCUUUCUUAAAAAUGGGUGGAUGAUACUGCUAUUUGUGCUGCCACAAGUUCCCCGCCGAGAGUUGCUGCUUUUUUUAAUCGUUUGAAUGGUUUUUAUCAUGUAAACUUAUAUUGAUUUGAAUAUCAAACGGAGUGAACAGUGGUGAUUAUAGGUGAAAUUAAAAAUGGGUUUUAGCAUA